AUGGAUGAAAGUAUACCCACUUUUCUUGCCGUUACAGGAUUAGAAGAUGAAUCUGUUGCCAAACAAUUUUUAGAAGUGGCUGGUGGCGACUUAGAAUUGGCAGUGACAUUAUAUAUGGAAUCGGGCCAACACGGUGCAAGUAAAUCUUCAACAACAAACGACAACAACAACAGCACUAACACUGGUGAUAGCACUAAUCCAAUAACAUUUGCCAAUGAGGAUGAAGAUGAAGCAUUAGCGAAACGCUUACAAGAAGAAGCAUAUCGUGCUAAUGAUAAUAGUAAUGAUAAUGUUCGUGAAGCUGAUACAAAUGUCCAUCGACACGAAACAUUAGUGGACAAUGUUGGAUUUCCUGGGUUUAUAAAUCAACAACCAAGCAUUACGAGACCAAGUGAUAUUUUUGGUAAUAGACAUCAAGGUGUUUUCCACCAACGAUUUGAUUUCCAAGAACAUAUGAGGAUGCCUGGAUUCGGUGAUGAUGAUGAUGAUGAUGAUGAUGAAAUUGAUGACGAAUAUCAUGAUUCACAUGAUAUACAGGUAUUAGAUUCUGAUGAAGAUGAAGGUGAAGAAGAAGGACAUGAUAAUGGUUCUACAGGAGGAGGAGGAGGGAUAACUGGUCGUAGAAGACAAUUGAGACAAAAUCGUCAUCAAGAAUUAUCAUCUACUCAAAGACGAUUAGCAAAUUUAUUUCGUCCACCAUUUGAUAUUAUUUCUAUAUUAAAUCUUGAUGAAGCUAAAUAUCAAGGUCGACAAUUGAAAAAAUGGAUACUAAUAAAUAUUCAAGAUUCACUGGAAUUUCAAUGUCAAUUAUUAAAUCGAGAUUUUUGGUCAAAUGAAAGAAUUAAACAAAUUGUUAAAGAAAAUUUUAUUUUUUUACAAUAUCAAACUGAUUCAGUUAAUGGUCAAUCAUAUAUUAAUUUUUAUCAUGUUGAUAAAUUUCCUCAUAUUGCCAUUUUGGAUCCAUUAACAGGAGAAAGAGUAUAUAAAUGGAUUGAUGGUAAAGUCCCUUUAGUAAAUGAUUGGAUUGAACAAACUUAUAAGUUUUUAGAUUCAUUUUCAUUGAUUCCAGGAUCAAAAAAUCCUUUAGUUCAUCAUGAAGUGAAAAUAGAUCCUACUAGUUUAAGUGAAGAUCAACAAAUUCAAUUGGCAAUGAAACAAUCAAUUAUAGAUAAUAAUGUCGAUAAUAAUGAUGAAAGUAACAGUAGGAGUUAUAGAUCAGGAAAUACUGUUGAUGAUGCCAUUGAAUUGGAUAGUGAUGAUGAUGAUGAUGAUGAUGAUGAUAGUGGUAUACCCGAUGAUAUCCUUUCAACUCCAUCAUUAGGCACCCCACAAGAACAACCGGGACCAGAAAUACCAAAAGAUCAAGAUCAAGAUCCAUUUGAAUCUAUUACUCCAAUAAAUCAUCCAGAACCUACUGAACAACCAUUCACCAGAAUUCAAAUCAGAUUCCCUAAUGGUAAACGAUUGGUCCGUAAAUUGAAUCCAGAUACUAAAAUUAAAUCAAUAUUUGAAUGGUUAAAAUAUGUAUUACAAGAUGGUUUUCAAGAAUAUGGUUUAAAUUCUCCUGAUGAUAGAUUUAUUUUAUCCAAUAGCUCCAACAAAGCUUUUAAAUUUAUAGAUUCUUUGGAUAAAACUAUCGAGGAAGCUAAUUUGAAAAAUGCUAGUAUUCUUUUAGAACAAGAUUAA